CAUGCGCAGUGGAUGGCGUGAAUCUCUGAAUCAUCGGUGGAAACAAGGGAGGGAUCGAGAGGUGACUGUAGAGUGAUGGGACCCGGUUGAGGAAACAGCAGCGAGUGAUCACUCUCUGAGCUGCUAAUGACAGACAGGUGUGAAGAAUGACUACAUGCUCAGACAUCUGUGGGUCGGAACAUGGAGAGCAAGCUCGAGGCGGUGGAAACUACCAGCAGUACGGAGUUCGCUCCUACCUCCACCAGUUUUAUGAGGAAUGCACAGCUUCUAUCUGGGAACGUGAUGAAGAUUUUCAGAUUCAGAGAUCGCCUAGCAGGUGGAGCUCUUUACUCUGGAAGGUCUGUCUCGCGUUUGGGACCCUGAUUUUGUUUGCGGGACUCAUUGUGCUGUUGGUGGGUUACGUGACUCCGACAAGGAUUGAAGCGUUUGGUGAACAUGAUCUUCUCUUUAUUGACAGCCAUGCUGUCAGUUUCAACCGUGCUCUGGAUGUCUGUAAGCUGACGGGUGCUGUGCUGUUCUCUGUGGGCGGCACGUCAGUAGCUGUCGGUCUUCUGCUGUCUGCUUUUGCCAGAAGCUACUCCAAAGAAGAACUGUACCUGCAGCAGAAGUUUAAGGAGCGAUUGGCAGAUCUGCAUGCCACAGUUGGUUCUCCAAUAAUGAGAGCACCGGCUCCUGGAGAGGGAAAGGUGCCUGUCUCGCUGUCCAAAGUGCAGAACAUCCAACCUGUCACCACAAAGUCAGAAACCUGAUUGGUGUCCAGAUGAAAGCAUGAAGUGAAGUUUGGAUAAGGAUCUGUCAGUGUUCACACUGUCUGAGUGAGUUUGUCAGUGUGUGAGCACUUCCUCUUCAGGAAAGGUCAUCUUACAUCACUGGUACCUUUUGGUUCAUUAUUUUCAUUAUCCAUAUUUGACAUUUUUAAUGUCAAGGAGCUAUUAAGCGAAAUAAAGCUGUACUGUCAUUAUUUGAUUAAAGCAAAAUCUAACAACACAGAUGUGCAAAAUAAAAAAAAAUGGAAGCAACUGUCAAAACAAUGUUUUAACAAUUAUUAUAUAUUUUUUUGUUGGGUAAUUUAAGUUGUGUUGCAGGAGAGAAAAGUGAAUCUUUUCUGUAUUUCAACACAACAAGCCUUUUAUGUAAGAUCAUUAAAAGUAGGAACAUACACUGGAAAAAAUUAAUCUUAAGAAACCAUUGUUUUAAGAAAAAUGGUCUUAUCUAAGAAAAAUAAUCUUACCAAGAAUAGUUUUUCAGUGGAAAAAUAAUUUUAGUUUGACAAAACAUGUCUUGGUAACCAGAAUCUUAUUCUUAAAAUAAGAAUUCUAGUAGACACAAUUUUUUUACUUUUUUGCUUAUUUAAAGUACCACGCUGAUCCUCUUUUGAUCUAUUGAUCGAUCUAUUUGAUGUAGCGUUCCCAGAGUUAUUUUAAUUAUGAUUAUGUAAUUUUUAACCAAAAAAAAAAAUGUCAUUAUGGAAGACGCAGUUUCUCUAAAGCGGCAGUAAAUCAUUAGAAAUUCUAAGUUGUGGGCGGGACUGUUGGCAAGCCCACCCCCUACCCAUUAUCCAUCCGUUUUCAUGCUCUCCUGCUAGAUUACAGCCCCUCACAACCCCCAACCUAACAUUACUGGUGCACCAGAAAUGGCAAGCAAUAUUGGAGCCAUCCAAAUUGGACAAAGGAAAACAUACAAGUGGACGCAUCAGAAUGGAGUGGAGCAGGGAGCUUGUGGAUUACUGUAAGAGCUUGUACGUCACAUUUACAAGCUUUGUCCAACAGUUUUUUUCAUCUCCUCCCGAUUAGCAACAAUUUGAAUAAAUACUCAGUAACACAAUUGAUUAAUUUUUGAUUAAUUAAUUAUUUUGAUUCAUUAAUUUUUGGUUUACUAGAUUAAUUUUCCUGACAUUUGUCCUCCAUCAUGAGAAAACAACAAAAACACUGUUUUGAUUAGAGUGGGUCUUGAAAGAAAAUCUGUCAAUGGAGUAAGAAUUUUGGACUUAUUUCUAAUGGGCCUGUUUUUGCAGUGUAUACAUCCAACAUUGCCACGAUCAGUGCCAAUCUAAGGAUAGUGGUGUAAAAGAUUACAUCUCUGUGAAUGCACAUUCACCUGAGCACCACAGAGGGAACGUUAUGAAUCACAGGGUUGUGUUUUUGAAAGGCCUUUUUCAGUCCACAUCACAGGAGUCUUAACAGAUGGCUCGCUGAAGGUUGGCAGUGUCAGGUCAGAUUAGACAUGAAGACAGACGGGGAGAAAACUUCAGCACAGGUUUCACGCUGACAUUUUCCUCUGUCUCAUUAGGCCUCUGACCUUGUUUCCUUCAGUAAACCUUCAGACAGGAUCAAUAGAUGAGACAAGACAGAAUGAAAGAAGCUACAGUGAAACAGGCUGGCCACUCUUUUCCCGACGUGCAUUUUCCACUCGACCUAAGAAUAUAAUCCGUUUUUGACACAUUUUCUUGACCCGAAUGUUCUUUUUGUUUCUUGUGAUGAUGUAGACUCACAAGCUCAUGAAAGCAACCAAUGAUUUAUGAUGCUGAACACACAAUUUCCACGACUGUGUCCCAUGUGGACAUCAAGAUGGAACAUCAAUGCAUUAAAGACAGACAAGUAGCAAGACGGACAGGUUGCAUAACAGGAAUCGACUCAGCUCAGUCGUGUUUGACAGCGCUGAUGCUGUAGUGAUUCAGAGAUGCUUAACAAUCUCCCUUCUGCUCUCACACUCCAAACUCCAGCAGCCCUCAGCUUAUCACUGGUAUUUAGAAAGCAGCAGAAAUCGUCAACACUCUUGUAAAACCAAUUUUUGUCUCACUGCUGUAGCCAGAGGCUAGGUUUUAGGUUGACAAGGUUAGAUUGACAUUUUUUACUAUAUUUUACGCACUAUAGAACGCAACGGAUUAUAAAGCGAACCAUCAGUGAAUGGCCCAGUUUUGAACUUUUGUCAUGUAUGAGGUGCACAGAACUAUAAGGCCCAUUUAACAAGACAAAAGACUCAGAAAUAAGUUUGUUAGUCAUUCAGACUUUAUUAACUGCGUUCACAGUAACUCUAGACCUUGUUUGUCACGUUAGCUGCGUUAGUGUCAGUCCCGUUUGCAAACAUUGUUCGCAACAUCUAAAAAAAACCCAGCCUGACACCACUACCAACCUUGUUAGUGACAAGUGAAAUAAAACGGUCCGACACUGCUACACGUUAGCCGUGCUAGCAUAUUUACAAUAACACCCAACCUUGUUUGCAACCCGUAAAAAAACAACAGACUAAUAUCGCUCAAACAAACAUUAGUAAGACUACGCUAACUUCCAACCUAGUUAGUAACGUGUAAAAAAACAAUUAAAAAAAGUGCCCAACUUUGCUAAGCUAUCCUCUUUAGCACAUUUACAACAACACCCAACCUUACAACACGCCUAAACAUAGAUUGAUAGAGCUAAAACAAGUGUCACCGUGACUGCGCUAACUCCCACCCUUGUUAAAAACACGUAAAAAAAAAUGUCUAGCACAGCGUUAGCACACAUUAGCUGAGUUGGCAUAUUUACAUUAAUAUUCAUUUUUGUGUGCAACUCAUAAAAAAUACAGACUGACAUUUUGACACAGCGCCAUCAUAUCUGUCAAAAUGGAGUUAUUCCAUUUACUUUUACUUUUUUCAAAUUUUAUUCUUAACCAUAUAUCUUAACUUUGAUCCUGCAAUUUUGACUCAUGUUUGUUUCUAAAGUUGUUUCUCUCGCUUACCCUUGAUUCAAAGUGCCAGAACGAAACCCUUAUGGUGAAGAUGUGACUUGAUGCACUGUAACUGGUUAAAACAAUGUUACUCUGAAGGUCAUCAUGUUUGGAAAACCAACCGUUUUUUCCAAACCAUUGCCUCAGUGAUGUAAGAUAUUUGCGGUAUGAAACAAUGAGCUGCUGUGCCGAUCUCACAUGUAAGCUGACCUUUUUGUUUCAGCCCUGUGACUUCUGUUGUCUUCAUCCUUCCAAUUUGGGAAAAAAAAAAAUAAUCUUGUCAUUGGGUCCAGAAAAUAAUCAUGUAGCUGAAUUCUGAUAUAAAAAAAGAAGGAAAAAAACAAACAAAAAUAAUGAAGGUUUUUGAAUUAACUUAUUCAACCUCUGAGCUGCAAAUUGAAGCCAUACUGCUAUCUAAAUUGUAAAGGGCAAUCCCUCCACUUUCUCAGAACGUAAUGAAGUGAAUGUGUUUGCUGAAAUGUUAUGCUGUUUUAUGAUGCAUCACCAAUAUUUUUCAAGGUUUUUUUUUAGUCCUGUUCAUUAUCUUAGUCUAAACAUAUGUCACUCCCGAUGUAACUGUGGAUUAUCUCAGUCAGUCAUAAUGAAUAAAUAGUAAAGAAUACUGAUCCUAUAAAAUAUUGGACUAAAAAACAACAGUAUAUAUUCAUGAAUGUGUUUACACAAUCUAUUUUUUGAAGAACAAUAAAAAUGAUCUUUCUGCAGCUCAAAUUUAUGUAAAGCUUGUUUGUUUGUUUUUUGAUUUUUUUUAUUGGAUUAUAUUGAAAUUACGGAUGUGUGUUUAAUUGGAAUAAAAAUGACUAACGGUU